UCAGUCGCAGUGGUAACACGAGCGAGAGGGUAGUUGCACGCGCCUGCCUUCGAAAGGAAAGAUCGCGGCGAGGGAGAAACAGACAAGUGAGAGAUCGAGAAAGGAAGGAAGAAAGAGAAAGAAGACGUGAGGCGAAGAGAGAAAGAAGGGAAACGAAAGAGAGAGCGCGGCGCCCCUUGCCUCCGUUUUCAGUGUUUCAGUCGCGCGACGACGCUCUCGGACGCUUUAGUCAGUCGGUCGGUGACGAGGCUCCCACAACGUGAUACACGCGCCGUUACGUUACGUUAGGUUACGUCGUCCCCGUUGAAGGCGAGAACGAGAACCAGGGAGAACGAGCGAGGGAGAGUGAGAGAAAAAGAGAGACAGAGCGAAACAAGAAGGAAGGACGAACGAACGAAAUUCUUAUAUAUAUAAAUAUAUAUAUAUAUAUACAUACAUAUAUAUACACAUACAUAUAUAGAUAUUUAUAUAUAUAUACAUAUAUACAUAUACACGUAUACAUGUAUACAUAUACAUAUAUAUAUAUAUCGGUCAACACACAGAAGACACGCACGAAAAAAGGAAAACACGAGUAUCAGGCAGGCGACGAAGACGUUGACGCUUGGCUAGUCGCGCGCUCUUGAAACACGAAUAUCACUUACGAACUGCUCCGACCAGUGCGAAUAUCGAAGGAAGGCCAUUUUCGUCGCUGGCAUUACCACGCGGUGAAAGAAAGCGCGCGCGAGUGAGAGACUGAUCGACGGUAAAGAAGGACGUGCGAUCCGUUGGACGAGACACGAGAGAUUACGAGCGGAGUAGCCCACACGUUUCCAGUGUGCGAGUAACACUCACGCCGUGCGGCCGAGCAUUCGUACGCGCGGUCAACAGAGUGGAGGAGAGGGACCUGGACGAAAAACGAGCACGACAGAUAAGAACGAUCACCGGCAGCGGAGUCGACGAUUUUAUUUUUGUACGGUGCAUCGUUUGGGUUUCUUUUUUCUUUUACUCCUUUCCUACGUACGCAAUUUCAGCAUCGUAAAGCCGGGGCCGCGUGGAUUAACCCGGCCGCUGCUCUAGUCCUUCGUCUUAAAUAAAAUCGUGUAUGUGUGGUGUGUACACCAGGGCGUGCGGCCGCGUGUGUGUAUUACAAUUGUUUCCCGGAUCGUUUCGAAAGCGAAGACUUUGUAUCGCGUGAAACACCUCUGCAUUGCCACGUGCAUUUCGAUCGAGCAUAAAACCUCGAGCGAACGUACCAGUCGAUUUCGAAUAACAAUAAUAAUCAUCCUCGUCGUCAUCAUCGUAUUAAUAAUAAAAUCGAUACGGGGUGUGAAAUCAGCCGUGAUCAACGGACUACAGACCAGAGUAUCAAACAGUGAGGAAACCGGUGAAUUUACUAGACACUGUGAUUAUAAUCUGUGCGAGCGCAUUGCGUUACCAUUGACAUCGACCGGCGCGCGACAGAACGCGACAGCUUUUCAUCGAGCAUAAUGCCGACCAGUUUGUUCAGCGAAAUGGAUCGCGGAGCGAACGGUGGUGCAGCCGCCUCCCUCGAGGACCAGCGGGCACUGCAAUUGGCGUUGGAAUUGUCUAUGCUUGGCCUCGAGGGCACUCCCGGAUGCCCCGGCACCGGCACAGGAACCGGUACCGGAACCACCAACGACCCGGACCCUCUGCAAACCACGCCAGCAGGCGUUUUCGAAGAGGCACGUUCUAAGAAGAGCCAGAACAUGACCGAGUGCGUGCCGGUGCCUAGCAGCGAGCACGUGGCGGAGAUCGUCGGCCGACAAGGUUGCAAAAUCAAGGCGCUACGAGCGAAGACGAACACGUACAUCAAGACGCCGGUACGCGGCGAGGAGCCGGUGUUCGUGGUGACUGGCCGAAAGGAGGACGUGGCGCGCGCCAAACGCGAGAUCCUCUCUGCCGCGGAGCACUUCUCUCAGAUACGCGCGUCGCGCAAGAGCUCGCUGGGCGCGCUGCUGGGCGCGCCGCCUGGCCCGCCCGCUUCAGUUCCAGGCCACGUGACGAUUCAGGUACGAGUCCCGUACAGAGUGGUCGGGCUGGUAGUAGGGCCGAAAGGCGCGACGAUCAAGAGAAUCCAACAUCAGACGCAUACCUACAUAGUGACGCCGAGCCGCGACAAGGAGCCGGUGUUCGAGGUGACGGGGCUGCCGGAGAGCGUCGAGGCGGCGAGGCGCGAGAUCGAGGCGCACAUCGCGCUGAGAACUGGCACGGGACCGGCGUUCGACGAGUCGGAGCUACUGAGCGCGUUGUGUCGCGGCGGGCUGGGCUCGAUCCUCGGCUGCCUCGAACCACCGGGCUCGAACGGUUCGAACGGGUCCAGCGGCGCGUUCUCCAGCAGCGGCAGUUGCAGCAGCUCGUCCAGUAGUUCCGGCGCACCUGGACUGAACGAGCUGGUGGCGAUUUGGGGCGCCGGCAUGGAGAGGGACGAAGGCCUGGGAGAGUCGCCGUCGUUCGAAUCCCAAGCGGCGUCCGCCUCCUCGAUCUGGUCGUUCCCCGGCGUCGCGCUACCCUCGAGGCCGUCACGGCCGGCGUCGGCGAGUCCGGCCUCACCCACGGACUCGCUGUUGGGCGGUGGACGACGGGAAUGCAUGGUGUGCAACGACAAGGAGGUCACCGCGGCGCUAGUGCCAUGUGGGCACAAUCACUUCUGCCUGGACUGCGGUAACCGGGUCUGCGAGAGUUCCGAUCCCAGCUGCCCCGUGUGCUCCAGGCCGGUCCUACAGGCGCUUCGUAUCUUCUCUUAAGCGAUCGCGAGCCGUACAGACCGGAGAGAGAGAGGAAGAGAGAUAGAGAGAGAAAGAGAUACGGCUCUCUCUCCACCGGGCACUAUUCUUGCGUCGCGCGGCACCUGGUACACAACAGCGGCUAAAAUACCGAUACUCACACUGUUGAUAUAUAUAUAUAUAUAUCACACAUAUAUAUAUAUAUAUCCGCUCUUUUUGACUUUGCCGGCUAUCGUCCAGGAACGACGGCGCUGAAGAACUCCCACACACAUCCCCCAUCUACCAGCCCCUACCACUAACCAACGACCCCCAAACCCACGCUCCAAAACCGAACCCGAAUUUUCCGUAUAUAAGCUCGAGUCCCCCGUAAUCCCGUUCCUGACCGCGGCGCAGCGUGAAUCCGCCACGGCCGAACGACGGGGGACCGGACGCGCACAAUGUCUUAAUUCCACUGCUGCCAAUAACUAACGAGAACAAGGAGGAAAGAAAAAUGCGAGAAAAAGAAUCCGAAAAAAGAGUAAAAAAGUAAUUAUACGAGGAAACCUCUUCUACGCGCCGGGAAUGCCCCGAUGGUCCUCGUCGCGUCGUUCCCGCCGACCGGAUACAACGAAGUCAGCUUUUAAGUUCUACGAGAUUAUUAUAGAACGAGAGGGGGAGGAAACAUGAAGAACACAAUCGCUCAUUCAUUGUCGUCAUGUUUUUUAUAUUUUAUUCGGUGUACUCCGCCUGCCCCUCCCGUAUGUAGAGGAAAUAAUAUAUGCCGGGUUCGCAGGUCCUUCGAUCAUAAAAUCGAUUCAGAGCGAGUUCUGACAGAGCGUCCGUGACAAACGGGGGAGCGAGUCGUCGUCGGUUCACAGUGAUGAAGUCGACCGUGUGUGGUAAAUCGACAUGAUCGGUAAUGCGGGAGAAGGAUUCGUCCGGCUUUGUCGUUCACGGUUGCCAUCGAACUGUCGCGAAAAACAUAAUGUUCCGCGCGCUGCAGCUGCGGGACCGGUCGUGAAUCGAAAACCGCACAUGGUGGCGCGCUGCGGCGCGCGCGUCCCACGAUUCGACAACCGGCAUGUUCGACGAGCGUUCCGUUGAUUGCAACGUUGUUUCAUAAACAUUCCAUUCGCCGGUUGCAUUCUGCUGUAUAUUUUCGUAUGCUUUUAAACGAUGUUCCUUUCGAGUCGAAUGGCAGCCCGGAAAUGUGGAACGUACGAGAAUUUUGUAAAUCGUUAUCGAAUAUUCGUUUUCGACGAUUGACAAUCCGUAAGAUUUGCCGUAAUUCUUUUUCAUCGUUUCCGCCGGUUCGCGCCCUUCUCCCACGCCGAUUUCCGGCCGACAUUGUCUCGUGCGUGCACACGACGCUGCGAUACUCUCAUCGCGCAGUUACUCCACACGACGUUAAAAAACACUAUAUCAAAUGGUGCUUAGGGACACUGAGAAAGAACAUUUUUAUGAGGUCUAUAUUUUUAUUUAGGAAAACGUACCUAAUUAUCGUGACGCGUUGCAUUUUCAUCGCGUCGAACGGUUAACGGAGACUCGCAGAGUUUGGAGCUCGCGGAACCGACGAGUUCGUUUGCUCCCCCGAUCGUUAUGUUCUACAUGGCUCCCGCGGCCCACGUGACCGAACGCGUUGAAGAUGGCGGCACACGAACAGCUGAUCGCCGAUACGAGAAAGUAUCUGAGACGCGCUGCGAAUGAAAAUCCGUGUGACUGUUCUUCCUUCUCGUAACAAAAUAAAUAUUGCAAAUCGCAGCGAAUUUACAUGAAAUGUUUCCGUACAUAUUGUAAAGAGAAAUAAGAAAAGAAAAAAAUAUAUCUUUGCGGAAAGCUGGCAAAUGAGGUUAGGUCACGUGGUCGUGGGGCGUGUUCGGCGAUAAUCAAACGAGUACAAUUGGUUACUCGCAUGUUUCCAGCCAACCUGCGCGUGAAAUGGGUAAAGAGGCAAGGGGGGACGUCCACUCGCAGUGCUCAGACUGAUAGUAAUGACAGAAUUAAUUUCGACACGUCUUUGUUACUAGCUGAGCCGCAAGCUGAGGUGGAGCAUGCGGUCGAAUUCCUUUGCCUCUCUUCACUUUUGAGCCAUAGGCGGGCUGGGAUCAUGUAAGUAACCAACUGUAUGAGAAAGUGCGACGAAGGAAGGUGGUGCAUCCGUCGUGGGUUUAGUCUUUUGAUUAAUUUCCUUUUUGUUUUAAUCGAUCGAUGAUUUGUUAUAUAGAUUGGACCAGCAAACAGUACGUUUCGGAAGUCUUAAUAUUUAUUUUAAUAUACGCGACGGAACUGUUAAUCGGAAGUGGACGCAACGAUCGAUGCACCGACACGAGGACUUCCAAGACCUGCGAGCAAUGUCGCAGGCAUGGAACCGCGGCGAACGAUUUAACGAAACAAUUCAAUCACACGGACGCAACUCACACGAGACACAUCGUACACACCACAGGCAUAUUCACAGCCGUUUCCAUCGAAUACACGAAUACGAAUACACAGACAUACACAACACAUAC